CUAUCAAAGUGUCAAUACCGUUGUGAUUUCGUCCGAAGUAAAACGCUUAUUAAAAAUAGAUUGAAGCAAUAUUUUUUCAACACUGCCGCUACGUCAAACACACUAGUACCUCGGAACACCUAGAAGAUAUCACUUUCUCAUACAUGGCAAGAUCUAGUCGACAAAACGAAGCUUCAAAUACGCAACCAUAAUUAAGGUUAGAUCGAUCAUGUUUAUAUUAGUGUCAAACUGACAGCUACAACAGAUGCAGUUUUAAUUGUCACAAAGUCGUGUAACAAAACUGACAGUUACAUAGUGUUACCAGUGAGAAUAUUUGCGUUCCGUUCGACACAAGUAUUUUUUCUUUAACAAUAAUUAUGGAUCAACAAUUUCAAUUACUGUUUGAAGAAAUGAAGAUAGAAAUGCAAAGACAAACUAUUGAAUUACGAGAAUCUAUUACAAACAGUAUAAUGGAUAGAAUGGAUGAAAAAUUAACUCCGAUCAUUGCGGAAAAUAAAAAGCUCAAACAAAAAAUCAAUACAUUAGAAAAAGAAGUUGAAUACUUAAAACGCGAAAAGAAAGGUAACAAUCUUGUUAUUUUUGGAAUAGAAGAGGGCGAAAAAUCAAUAUCGGAGCUAUUUGAUAAUUUUAAAAAGAUACUAAAAGACAACAUAAACAUAGAUUUACAACAACGCGAAAUAAACAAGUUAUAUCGUCUAGGAAAAAAUAAAAUUGCACAUAAACCAAGACCAAUAUUAUGUUCAUUUAUAAACAAAUGGAAGAAGGAAGAAAUUUUGAAGAAUAAAAGAAAUUUGAAAGAAAUUCACGUUUCUGAGGAUUACACAAAAGAAGUUUUGGAAAAACGAAAAGCUUUAAUGCCAAAAUUAAACGAAGAAAAGAAAAAGGGAAACAUUGCUUUCAUUAAAUAUGAUCAACUCAUAGUAAUAGAACAAAAUACUAAUGCAGAUAAAAGAAAAAGGGAGCUAUCUACAUCACCACAAUUGCCAUCAAAAAUACACACAAAAAAACAUCAAAUGCCAAGUUCCCUCAAAUCAAAUAGAUCAAACGCCUUCGAUAUAAUGAGAUCACAUUCUCUAACCAACAUCUCAAACAACAGCAAACAAUAGCAAUUAACAACCGGCAAACGGAAAAACAAACCAACACAUGAAAACCGACUAGAAGACAAAACACAACCACCCCCAAGCCGACUGGUCCUCGUGGGGGAUAGAGACCACGACCCUCCGACAUCACAUCUUUACAAUUCCCAUAAAGCAAAAUUAUAUGUUGCUGCUUUAAAUGUCCGCACGCUGAAAAGGGAAGAAAACCUCGCAGAAUUAAUACAGGCGCUGAGUAAUAUCAAAUAUGACAUUCUCGGUCUUAGUGAAUUAAGACGGGAAGGAGAAAGAAUUAUUGCCUACCAAGACUUCUUGCUUUAUCAUAUAGGAUCGACUCCAGGACAAUACGGAGUCGGCUUUAUUGUCAAAAAGAACCUCGUAAACAAUAUUGAAGGAUUCAUCGGAAUCUCAGAGCGCAUAGCAAUAAUGAAUCUAAAGCUGCCAGAGUACCAGGAGCCAUGGUCAAUCAUACAAAUAUAUUCACCCACAGAGCAAGCGGAUACUAAAACAAUAGAAUCAUUUUACCUGGAGUUAAACAAAUCUAUCCAACAGCAUGCUCACAAAAACUUAAUUGUUAUGGGAGACUGGAACGGACAAAUUGGAGAGAGGCGCCAAGGCGAAGAAAAAGCUGUAGGACCAUACACGUAUAGCAACAAGCAUAGGAGCAGAAAUGGAGAGAGAUUAGUAAACUUUACAUUGGAAAACAACUUAAGUAUUUUAAAUACUAUGUAUAAGAAAAACAAAAAGAGGAAGUGGACUUGGGUCUCGCCAGAUGGGGAAACAAAAAAUGAAAUUGAUUUUAUAAUGACGAACAAAUGUAAAUGCUUCUCAAAUUAUGAUGUCAUCAACAAACUAAACUACAACACAGACCACAAGCUGAUCAGAGCUGAACUAAAAACAGAUCAACCGAAAAGACCUAGACCCAGGCAAGAAAUAGCUAACCUUAAACUCGGAAAACAUCAAUUACACCAACUGGUCAUCGACUUAAAGAACAAAUUCACGAAUUUCAAACAAAGGACAGAGAGAUUUGAAACACAGGAGAAGUACAAUUUAAUAGAAAGUAUUAUUAAGAAUCAAAUUCAGUCCACAAAAAGCAAUACCAAGAAUAAUCAGAAGACAUGGCUAACGACAAAUACUUUGAAACUAAUGGAAAGAAGGAACUAUUUAAUAAGCACAAAAGAUGUAAAGAAUAGAAGAGAGAAAUUAACAGAAAUCAGUAAAACAAUAAAGCAGAGUAUCAGAGAAGAUAGAAAACGAAACAGAUUAGAAAUAAUAGAGAAAUAUAUUAAGGAAACUGGUGGCGCCAAAAAAGCUUACAAGGAAAUAGAAAAGUCAAAAGAUUGGUUUGUAAAAAUAAAAAACAAUAGAGGAAAC